AUAAAACUUGACCGCGCCGUCGUCGCCGACUUCUUGACCGUCCGAGUGUCGAGCGCGUGUCGCAUCGCGCGCGCGAGAGAGGCGAAGCGCGAAGCCCACGCGGCGCACCGGACGACUGGCUGCGAGCAGGAGGCGGUAGUAUAAGGGCCCCCCGAGUGCCUUUGGCUGCGCCUUGCCGUUUACGAUGGCCCCCCGCGUGGAGGCCUUGCACAACGAGGAUGGCCCCCUGGGCCCGCCCGCGGCCGCGGCCCCCAGUGCGGGCGCUAUGGGCUCGCGGGACGGAGCCGCCGAGGCCUGCCUGCCGCUCGCGCUGCUCGAGCCCAAGAAGGCCGCCGCCGUGGCCGACGCGGAGGACGCGACCGCGACCGCCGGCGAGGACGCCGACGACGGCGGACGACCCCCCGCGGACGCCGACGACGGCGACCUCAUAGACUUCGACGACGUGCUGCCGCACGUGGGCGAGUUCGGCGUGUCGCAGAAGUGCCUGUUCCUGCUCAUGAUACCGUUCGCCUGGUUCGUCGCCUUCGUCUACUUCAGCCAAAUCUUCAUCACGCUGGUGCCCGAGGGCCACUGGUGCAGGAUACCCGAGCUGCAGGACCUCAAGCUGGUUGAGAGGCUGUCCUUGGGCGUCCCCCGGGAAGGGUCCGGGUUCGCGCGCUGCCUGCAGUACGACGUCAACUUCACGCAGCUGCUCCUGGAGGGCGUGAGGGAGGCGGACCCCUCCUGGCCCACCGUGCCGUGCCGGACCGGCUGGGAGUUCAACCACACCGAGGUGCCGUACGACUCUAUCGCCGCGGAGCUCGAGUGGGUGUGCGAGAAUGCCGCUCUGCCCAACGUGGCGCAGUCCGUGUUCUUCCUGGGCGCCAUCGUCGGCGGCCUCCUGUUCGGCUGGGUGGCGGACCGCUGGGGCCGCGUGCCCGCCCUGGUGGGCUCCAACGUGGUGGGCUUCGUCGGCGGCAUCGCCACGGCCUGGUCCGGCUCCUUCUGGGCCUUCUCGCUGUGCCGGUUCCUGGUCGGCUUCGCCUUCGACAACUGCUUCACCAUGAUGUACAUCCUGGUGCUGGAGUACGUGGGCCCUCGAUGGCGCACCUUCGUCGCCAACAUGUCCAUCGCCAUCUUCUUCACUAUGGCCGCCUCGAUACUACCUUGGAUCGCCUACUGGCUGGCCGACUGGCGCCUGCUGACGGUGGCCACCUCGGCGCCCCUGCUGCUGGCCGUGCUCACCCCCUGGCUCGUCCCGGAGAGCGCGCGGUGGCUGGUGUCACAGGGCCGCCACGACGAGGCGAUCGUCAUUCUGAAGCGGCUGGAGAAGACCAACAAGACCACGGUCCCGCCGGAGGUCUACCAGCGGUUCGAGGACAGCUGCCUCAAGCUCAAGAAGCUCGAGGACGCCGACAAGAAGUACUCCGUGGUGGACCUGUUCCGCAGCCCGCGGCUGCGCAACACCACUCUGCUACUCGUGGUCAUCUGGAUGAUCGUCUCGCUGGUGUUUGACGGCCACGUCCGGAACGUCGGCCAGCUCGGACUCGACGUGUUCGUGACGUUCACCGUGGCCUCGGCCACCGAGCUGCCCGCGGAUUCGUUCCUGACUCUGGUCCUGGACCGCUGGGGCCGGCGAUGGCUCGCGUGCGGGUCCAUGGUGGUCAGCGGGCUCUUCAGCCUCGCCGCCGUCGCCGCCCCUCCGGGGGUGGUGUCGGCGUCCCUCGCCAUCAUGGGCCGCUUCAGCGUCAACAUCUCGUACAACAUCGGGCUCCAGUACGCCGCCGAGCUGCUGCCGACCGUGGUGCGCGCGCAGGGGGUGGCGCUCAUCCACAUCAUGGGCUACGUGGCCAGCAUCCUCGCGCCCUUUGUCGUCUACCUGUCCGUGGUGCACCCCGCGCUGCCGCUCCUCAUCCUGGGCGUGCUCGGCGUCGUCGGCGGGGUGCUGUCGCUCUUCCUGCCCGAGACCCUGGACGAGGUCCUACCCCAGACCCUCGCCGACGGCGAGCUCUUUGGAAAGGACCAGAAAUUCUUCGAGUUCCCCUGCUGCAAAAAACCGGAGAGCGAGCCGGCCCCUCGACCCGCGCUGUACAGGAGGUCGAGCCACAGGGCCUCGUUGAGGGCGUCCACGAGGGGGGAGACCUACAGGUCGUCCUUGAUCCGCAGGGCGUCCGCCGUCUCGUCCCCGUCCUCCAAGCGCUCGUCCGAGGACUCGACGGAGACCGUCUAGAAGUACAACGACGUCAUUUGAGAACUGUUUGAGAGGCAUUUGUAAUUUAUUAUUUAUUUUAAUUAAAUAUGAGAUUAAUAUAUCGCCUUGCCAAAGACUUGCGGAAGCGCUAGCCCAGACAAUUUGUGCCGCAGGGUUAAUUAUUGUGAUACUGAAUUCUUGUGGAUUAAAAUGUUUUCUAUAAAACCGAUUUCACCUACAGUAUAA